GAUUUUGUUAUUGAGAAUGGCUUAAUAAUAUUUAUCGUGUAUUGAUUCUUGUCAAUAUUGACAUUGCUGUUGUUAUUGUUAUUGUCAUUCUAUGAACGAUCAUUAUCACCAUCUUCAUUAUUGUACAGUAACCUAUGACACAAGACAAUUCAUUCCUAUAGCCGCGAAAACCUGUGAAUAUUCUCUUCCUUGUUCACUCGUUCCCUCUUUCACUCUCUUCCACCAUUGCUCUGUUACUUCCUUCAUAGUUUGUUAAGUUUGCUUCGCAGCUGUUAGAUUCACCUAGAAUCCUGAUAUCCUCCUGCUUCUCCCGAGACUUUGUCUUCUUUACUUUGGAACUGUAUUUGCACUUGGCUGGUCACUCAUAGCUACAUCGAUUUGAUCUGCAUCUAUCCCACUGCGACAACACAUGCAACAAUACCACCUCCAAUAUUACCACCCUCUGCAACAGCAUCGGGGAUAACCUGCGACAUCCCAUACAGUCACUUUUGACCUAGUUCGUCCUUGUGCCACCUUGUAUUGGACACAUUUUGGAGUUAUCACUUGUAUAUCAACCCCGCAGACAGAGACAAAGAGAGAGAAAGACAGAGAUCCUUUGAGGAGGCAAGAAUAUAUCACCAUAAAGUUGGCAUCACAAACCGUCAGUAUGGAGGCAGACUCGUUGGAUAAUGAUAUGAGAGGCUGGAUUAUGGCUAUUAUCAGUGGAAUAGCAUGUGUUAUUGGUAGUUGCAUAAUAUGCAUAGAUCUGUUGAUUAGAUACAUCCCCAGCAAGAAGAAUUUCAGGAUACAAGAUAACAAUGCUUUCCUAGCUGCAUCUUUAAGUUUGAGUUUUGGUGUAAUGAUAUUCUCUUCAUUAUAUAGCAUGCUCCCAUCAUCGAAAAAAUAUCUAAUGCAGGGUGGUUAUACAGCUCAAGCUGCUGCAUGGACUCUUUUGGCUUGUUUCGCUGCAGGAUUUAUUGGCAUACAAAUUGUCUCGAGGCUCAUGCAUCAGUUUAUCCCCUCGCAUGUCUCACAUUGCGACCAUUCUCAUAAUCAAGAUGCAACGCACCAUGACCACGACCACAGCCACGGCCACGGCCACAAUCACCAAAUCCUCGACGGCUUUGACGGUCACCAUGAUAAUCAUCUUCCACUAUCAAAAUCGAGUUCCCAUGUAGCAGUCAAUCAAGCAAACAGUGUGAUGACGGAAUCUACACCACUUCUCGCUCCACAUGUUGGAGAGAAUGGAAAGCCUCCAGUAGAAGGUCUUGCGCCACCAAAUAAAGAUUCUCAGCCAAGCAAUCGCCGCCAAUCCCAUAAUCUUACCAGGCGACCAUCGCUCAUGGUAGUUCAUGACAGGGUAAUGUCUUUUGUAAAGGAUAGGAAGGCCAAUUGUGAUGAGAGUGGACCAUGUUUUGGAUAUUCUGACCUUUGCGGACGAGAAUGCUUAAAAACCCCCAUCAGUACAAAAACUCCUUACACGGCGCGAACUCCCACGGGCACCUUGUCAACCCGAUCUCAUUCUUUCACACUACCAGAAGAAGAGGCUCCAGAUAAUUCAGAACAACUACGCAGGGUGACUUCCGAAACAGAAAUGGCUAGUUGUCAUGACUCUGACAUUGAAGCUCAACAACAUCAUCAUCAUGUCCCCGAAAACGCAUUUAUGGAUAUUGGUCUUCAAACAAGUAUAGCCAUUGGAUUACAUAAGUUACCAGAAGGGUUCAUUACAUUUGCUACAAACCAUGCAAACCCUGAACUUGGAGUUUCUGUCUUCUUAGCUUUACUUGUUCAUAACAUUACCGAAGGAUUUGCAAUGGCUCUACCAUUAUACUUAGCACUUGGUAGUCGACCACGAGCUAUCUUUUGGAGUUCCUUCCUCGGGGGUGUCUCACAACCAGCCGGUGCCGCAAUUGCAGCCGCAUGGUUUGCAAUUGCCGGGCGGGAUGGUCAUGCGCCUAAUAUUGUGGCUUAUGGAUGUAUGUUUGGUAUUACGGGGGGUAUUAUGGCUAGUGUCGCAUUGCAUCUUUUUGCGGAGUGUCUGGGUCUGAAUCAUAAUAGAAGUCUGUGCAUCUCUUUUGCAUUUGUGGGCAUGGCGUUAAUGGGUAUGAGUAACGCACUUACCUCUCAAUAAGGAAGUGGAGAGAUGGGAAUGGAAAUCGAAAUGGGUACGCAUUAUGAAUAGAUGAUAGGCGUUUUAUAGGAUAUUAGCAUACCAUGGGAUGGGAUCAUUCAUUUGGAGGGGCCUGGGUGGUUUCUGGGAGUUUUCAGUCAGUCUUUGGUGUGCUUCGAUGGAUGUUAGAUUUUUAGUUGCAAAGUUCGAUGUAUCAUUAUUUACAGACUUCUAGGUUCGAAAUUGGUGAGCGAACGAUUAGAAAUAUUAAGUAUGUUCAUUAGAGUCAGACUUGGUUAGUAUGAGCA